AUCAAGUCCAGAAGAAAUAUUAUGGUCUGGAUACUAAGUGGGGAGACAUCGAGCAAUGGAUGGAAGACAGUGAGCGUUAUUCCCGUAGAGCCCGAAGAUAUGCCUCGGCUUCGGAUGAAGAUGAGCGCAUGUCAGUGGGUAGCCGUGGAAGCCUGAGGUCUCAUUUGGAAUAUGCCAGCACCUACCCAGUGGCUGGAUUAGAGAAUGAGAGGACCAAAAAGAAGAACUACUCCAAAGCAACCAAUGGUUAUGAGGAAGACGUGUAUGGAUCAUCCCAGAGUAGAAAAUCUAGCAGGGCUUCGUACUACUCUGAUCUGGGUCUGCACAACAGCGGCUACGCUUCCACAUCUCAGCUUCCUUCUCAAAAUGGAAAUUGGGCGUCUGUGUACGAGGAGAGCGCUUACAGCGGGAGCCGUCGGUAUAGUGCCCCUAGUUCUCGUGCUCCUUCCGAGUACAGCUGCUACCUUGGUUCGGGAUCUCGGGCAUCCUCAAGAGCCAGCUCUGCUCGGGCCAGUCCAGUGAUAGAAGAAAGGCCAGAAAAAGACUUUGAGAAGGGAGCACGUACUGUCUCAAGUUUAUCAGCAGCUACCUUGGCUUCUCUGGGCGGGACUUCUUCACGGAGAGGCAGUGGGGACACAUCCAUCUCAGUCGAUACAGAGGCAUCCAUUAGAGAAAUCAAGGACUCUCUAGCUGAAGUUGAAGAGAAAUACAAAAAGGCUAUGGUGUCAAAUGCUCAACUAGACAAUGAAAAAACCAAUUUUAUGUACCAAGUAGACACCCUGAAGGAUGCACUCCUAGAGUUAGAAGAACAGCUGGCAGAAUCCAGGAGGCAAUAUGAAGAAAAAAGUAAAGAAUUUGAGAGGGAGAAGCAUGCUCAUAGCAUAUUGCAGUUUCAGUUCAUGGAAAUCAAAGAGGCUUUGAAGCAAAGGGAAGAAAUGCUUGCAAAACAUGGAAUAAUCCCUGACUCUGAUGUAGCCACCAAUGGGGAGACAUCAGACAUUCUUGAUAACGAAGGACACCUGGAUUCUUCCAGAACCGUUCCAGGCACAACUCAGGCAUUAAAGACAGGAGGGGAGGGGAUGCUAGGCAAAGCCAAUGAAGUGGAGAUGAAAAAUGAGAUUUUGGAGGAUGUGGGGAAAAGAGAAAUCAUGCAGAAUACUGAGCAUGAGGAACACAAAGAGGAGUCUGAGGAGCAGGAAGUACAGACAUUGCAUGCUGCUGAAAAUGCAAAGGCAGAAAAAAUGGUUGAAGAACGUGACGCCCUGUCAACAGUGAUGCUCCCAGACAGUAGGUUUGCAGAGCAAGCUCAAAGCCUUACAGAACCUGUGUCAGAGAGCACUUCUUCCAACAAUGGUAGUGACACAGAUGAUCUGAGAAAGGUGACAGAGCCCACAGGCACGCUGGCCCAGCAGCCUGAUAGUACGGAGGCUGAACACCGUGACUCGAGCGCAGGGACAGACGAGAACUCGGAGGUGGGCUCUCUGCAAGGCCAUCAGAUUUCUGAGACUUCUCAGGAAAUGCUUUAUGACUUAGGUACAGAGCAGGAACUGGGAGAAGCUGCACCCAAGCAGGAAGAACAAGAGGAUCUUAAAACUAGCCAUGACCUAAGUGAUAAUGAAAUGGGUCAAGAAGCCAACAGUACAAGUGAGAGCAGUGAGCUGGUUUUUAACCAGGCAGGGCUACCAGAGGGUGCAGUGGGAGGCUUGCUUAGGGAAGAGGGAAAUGUGGAGAGUUCCACUCCAGAGGAACUCCAGCACUCAGAAGAAAGUGCUGAAAACAAGGUUACAAAUGUCUUGGAGGAAAAGUUUGUUGAAAGCAAAGACUGCACCGAUGGAAGAACUGAUGAAACAGGAGGGGAUAGAGCUGAAGAAGGAAAUGAGGUUGGGAACGCAGUUGAGGGUCAGCCAAGGGAAACUGAGUCUGUGGGUGUGGAGGGGAUGGGGUCCUGUGAAAGGAGUGUCCCAGCAGAAUCACUUGAAAAGGAAUGUGGAGGACAUCAGGCAUUCACCCAGCCAGUUUCAUCAGAGGACAGUCCUUCAACAUCAUCAGAGGAACAAAGUACACAAGAUAAAACUGAACUUGAAAAUGCUACAGCUGAGAAGGACAGACAGGAGGAAGAAUCUAUGGAAGAGCUGAAGAAGUGUUCAGGUUCUGCAGAAACAGGGGAGCAAGAUAAGGCAUCUGUGGAGGCAGAGGGCUGUAUUCCUGAGGUAGAAGGAAGUGUGCUGCAGCAGGCACAGCCAGGCACUGAUGUUGUGAAAGAGGUGAUGGCUCAGGAAACCAGUUUAGACCCAAGUCUUUCAGAUGAUAAAAUUAAGGAGUCAGAAUUGGAAACAGGGGAUGAAUCUGAGAAAGGAAAGGAAAGUAGGACAGAAUGGGUAGAAGACUUAAAGCCAGAGGUAGAAGUUCAAACAGUUCAGUGUAGUGAAGAAACAGCAGGUAGUACAGAAGCAGAGAAAAAUAUUCCUUUAGAAGGUGAAGUGCAGAAGGUGGUCAAACAAGAGAAAGAUGAAUCUAAAGAGGAGUCAAGUGUAGGUGUUAGUGUAACUACUGAAAACAAAGCUGAUAAAGAAACACUGAAAGAAAAUGAGCAAGAAUUAGAGCUUACAGACCACCAUGGUGAGGAACUUGCUUCUGAGGAAUGUGCAAAUAAUUCCCUGGCACAGAAAGCUGAGCAGGAUGAAGAAGUUAGUGAACAAGUUAAAUUGGAGGAUCAAGCAGAGGAAAGCCUGGAAGAUGAUGGCGAUGCAUUUGAUUUUGAUGAAGAGUCAAAUCAAAUACUAGAAUCUGAUGAAAAUUGUGAUGGAGAGAAAACUCAAGCAGAGAAAGAAGAGGGUGAUGGAGCAAAUGAUGCUGUUGGAAAAACUGCCCACACAGACAAAGCUGGAGGGGGAACAGACCAAAUGGGAACCAAAGAUGCCUUGACCAAAGACGACAGCUUGCAGCAUAAACAAGAUGAGCCUGAAGAAACAGGGUGCUUGCAAGGGGAAGCAUUGUGGAAUGCUGAUGAGAAGGCUGAUGUGAUGGAAGAUGAAAUCAAAGCAUCAGAUUCUAAUUCAGUGGAAAAAAUGAAACAGGGUGAAAGUGUUUUGGAACAAGAUUUGGAAAGUGCUGUCAUUAACAGGGCUGAAAGCAAGGAGGAUUUGCAGGGUAGUAGAAAAGGUAGAGGUAGAUCCAGAGAUGACUGUACAAUAUCCUAAGUUCAGGAUCUCAAACCUGAACAAGUUACAUGCCAUGUGACCAGUCCCAGGACAGAAACAUGCACUUUGCACAAGACACCAGACCCUAGGAAUACUCUUACAGCUUUUUCCUUAUAGGUAACUCAUCCUAAUGCAAUGUAUGUACGUGGUAGUGAUGCAAGUAUUAAGUUAUUCGCUGACAUACCUGGCCACAAGAAGUCAUGAGUGGGCUUUGUUUUGCUGUGUCUCAGGUUAAAAGUUUUAUCACUAGAUGAGCUUCACAAAUUGACCAUGCAGACUAUCAUACCUCUAGUGUGGAUAACUGCUACUGAGGAAUUUCUGUAGGCAUUUUUUUAUUCUAGGCUAGAUGUCAGAUGUCCUGAAUGUACAUAUGUGCAUGGGACCUUUGUGAACUUAUGCACAUGCUUACUUCUGCUUAGAUCUGCAGUAAGUACAUUAACACUUCAUGAAGGAACUCAUCAGAUCAACCACACUGAUGUUGAAACUUCUUUCAGAAUGAUAAAAAUCUAUGAACUAAUCUUAUUUUUUUAAUAUGGAAAAAAAAAGAUAUUUUCAUUCCACUUUGUGUAUUUCUAAUAUGGUCACAUUCCAAAAUACAGUAGGAUCACUGUGAAUCUGCUUAGUCUAAGCACUUUGGAAGAACAAUAUACAGUUUGAAGAAAGUGCAACAUACAGGUCUUAGUUUGCUGAAAGGAAAAAAUAUAUACAUGUUUACUUCAUCUAGGCACUUUGCACCACAAUAGGCCUUUCACACCAUGUCUCACAUGGGUUUUUUUAUUUUUUCCAGAGAAAGUGUCAAUACACACUGUAAUGUGUGCUUAGGUCUGCUCUUAAGUACUGUCUAGAUAUGAAUGUAUGAAAUAUCUAUUUUUCCAAGAAGAUUUUUGUCUAAAAUUGCAUUUGCUUUUACUGCAUUAUAUUUUUUGCUAACUAUGAUUCUGAAAGAAUGUUUUUAUCUCUGAAACAAUCUUACCUCCUCCGUUCUGGAAAGAAGAUAAGUUUGCAUGUCUUAACUCUUAUUGGGUAUCAGACCAAAGAUGACUGUUGUUCUGUGUACUAGCCCCCGUGCUUUUUGGAAAAGCUGGAUUGCUUUGAAUUCCUGGCAUAAAAUUAGACACUUGGACUCCAUUGCUGUAUUUUUUUCUUGCAUCUUUGCUAGUGCUUGGGAGGAAGAGCAUGUUUUGCAUACAUAAAUAUUCAUUUAAAGUUGUUUUAAGCAAUGAGCGUCACAAGAAAAUGCAAAUUGAGGGGGGUGGGGGCUAUGGAAGGCUGUGUUUGUAUUGAUGUUACAAAGCUGAUAGAGUACAGACAGAAUGCAAAAUUUCAAGAUGUAUAUCGAAAUGUGCUGCUGUAUAUAAUUUAAAUAAACAUAUUUUAUACUCUAAAUUA